AAGGAGGCUCCGCUGUCUUACCUUGCAGCUUCACCCACCCUGACACUCACCUCACACUCACCGGCUCCGUCAUAUGGAUUAAAUCUGACACAGGUGUUAUCUUUAAUUGUACAUAUCCUGGUCCAGACCAUUCCCAGGGUGAGCUGUGUGAGAAUGUGAGACAGCGGGAUGGUGGGAAUCGAUUCAGAUUCGUGGGGAAUCUCAGCAACAACGAUGUCUCAUUAAUGAUGGAGGGACUGAGCCGGGAGAAUGAUGGUUUCUAUCGGUGUUGUGUGGAACUCAAUAUUGGCAGUUUCGAAACGCUGUUGGGGACAGAUCUGGAAGUGAUAGCUGCUCAAGGAAAUGUCCCAGUGGUGAGUGGGGAAGAGGGAGAUUCAGUUACUUUACCCUGUAUCUUUGAGACCAUGGAGUUCCUUAACCUGACCACUGUUACCUGGAUGAGGAAGAAGCCCUACCAACACAUCAUUACAUUUACAGCCCAAUCACAGGGAACUUGGACAACUGUACACAGUGGAAAUCGAUAUGAGCUCAUCGGGAACCCAGAGGAGGGAAACGCCUCGACCAGGAUAAACCAGCUGAGUGUGAGGGACAAUCACACUUACCUGUGUCUGGUGGAAUACACAUCACUACCACUGGAUAUUCAGUGUCUGAUCCAGAAAGAGAGUCGGGUGCAGGUCAUAACUGAGGAUUCUGAUGAUGGUUGGUCAAUGACAGUCGCGGAUGAAACUAUUCCCAGGGUGAGCUGUGUGAGAAUGUGA